CAAUGACUAGUACUUACUACGGUAUUUAUCUAAGUGAGCUGUUAAACAACGAAACCUUAGAAGUAACCAUGUUAUGAAUUGACGACACAGACUAUUCAAGACACGUGAACAAACGAUGGACGUCAAGAGAGGUAGUGAUGGCGUGCAACAGGCAGACGCACUCUACAAACAGGCCUCUUCUCAACUGGGACUCACGCGGGGAUUCCUUGGAUUGUCAAGAGCAAAGGCAGACCAGGGGACUCAAUUGCUGACCAAGGCUGCAAACUUGUACAAGCUCAACCAGCAGUAUCAGAAAGCGGGUGAUGCGUUAAGUGAGUGUGGCAAAGUGCAACUGAGGAUAGACUGUGGGGCGGAUGCAUGUGGGUCAUUCUCCAGUGCAGCCACCUGCUACUCUCUCGCCAACCAGCCCCAACUGACUCUCAAGUGUCAACAGAAGGCUGCUUCCAUCUGGAUGGACAGGGGUCGUCUGUCGAUGGCAGCCAAGCAGCUGCUAGCCUGUGGUGACACCUGUCACUCAAAGAUGGGCGACAUGUCAGGUGCAAUGGACAACUACGGGAAGGCACUGGAGCUGUAUGAAACUGAGAAUCAGCCGGCAGCUGCGGGCAAAGCGAGGGAAAAACUCGCUCUUCUUCAGAUGGAAAGUGGUGACUUUAUGUCGGCGAAAGAGAAUUUCGAGCGUCUGGGCAUGAUUGCGAAAGACCACCGACUACUGCACUUCGGUGCCUCAGACCACAUGUUCAAAGCUACCCUCUGCGCUUUGGCUCUGGACCACGUGCACGCCUCACUGUGCCUAAAACAGUUCUCCGAGGAACACCCGGAGUUCAGAAAAAGUAGACAGUUCUCAUUUUUGUACCAGUUAGUGGAAGCUGUCAAAGAAGAUUCGACGGAAAAGCUUGACGAAGCAUUGAAGACUUACACCCUGUACAAUACUGCAUAUCCAUGGUUGGCUAAAGUCGUUGACAGAAUCCGUCAGACACUUCCCUCGGUGUGUGGUUGGUCCGAGUUAGAAGGCUCAUUGCCAGUCAACGAAAGAAAAGAGGUGAAGCCAAACCACUUCCUGUCAAAUAUGCUGAACAGAGGAACUGCCUUGAAAGCACUCUACCUCCAGCGAACACCUACCUCCAAUCCUCAUUCCAAUAGCAAGCACAAUCAACCCAACUCAUCAUUAUCAACAGCAUCACAAAAUAAUCAGCAUUCGGCUAAUGGAACCCAAAAUAUAAAGGACCCAUCGAACCCUUUCAGUUAUGACGACUAUGACGAUAGUAUGAAUCCGUUCAGCGACAACUAUAGAUAUGCUAGUGAGGAAGAGUUAGAUUUGAGAUAACGCCAAAGCACCAAAACGGACCCCAAUUAUUACUUUUGCAUUAUGAAUUCCAAAUCAGUCAAUGUUUCCAAUACUUAAACUUUGUCCGUCCUUGGACUUCGAAUUUGAAUGUUUAGUCAUUAGAAUUAUAACCUCGAAAUGCUUUAUCCGGGUCUAGCGGUCCAACCUCGCUUCCAAAUUAGAUCUGUUGUUCAUCAAUAAUUUAAACAUUUCAAUUCAA